GUAUAGCUGCUGGUGUUCAGAAAUGUGUUCCCCAUCAGCAAACCACAGGAGAGCUCCAGAGAGCAGCCUUCUUGAGCCUGGAUGCUGAGGAUUGCCGGUGGGGCGAGUGCUGCAGCUGGAUUUGGGCUGCUGCUGCCGCUGCCACUGGGCACGCACCGCAGUGAGGGGUCUGACCACGCAGACCGCCUCCCAGAGCCUGGGUCUGGCUGGGAAUGAGAAGUUAAGAGAGUGAGGGCUGGGAGGUGCAAACCCAAACAAGAAAUCUAGGGAGCCAAAGGAGAGCAAAGGGUGAUCUGGAGCCAAGACAUCAGGCCAAGUGGAACUGGAGGAAAUGUCAUCAUUGGUGAAGGAGGACUUGGAGAAGAAACUGUUUAAGCCACUCUCACAGAAUCUCUACGAGUUUAUUGAAAUAGAGUUCUCGGUCCAGGACAGGUAUUACCUCUGCGUGUCAGUGACGAAAAAUGAAGAAGUAAAAAUAAUUAUGGUGAAACACUACAGAAUAGGUUUAGAUGAAAAAUAUGAAGUAACAAAAAAGUGGUCUUUGAACGAUCUGCAGAUGAUUGAUGGAAAAGAAGCAGAUACCGACAAUCCAUUUUUUGAUCUGCACUUCAAGAAAGUGUACAGUUUGGAAGCAUAUAGUUGUGCUUCUAAAUAUGCCUUUGCUCGAACUGUAAAUAAGCUGAAUCAUGCAUAUCUUAAGAAGGACUUACAGAUUGUGAAUUUUGAUUCUACUUACAUUAAUGAUGAUUCUAUUUGGUCCUCCAACAACAAAGAUUGUUUGGUUCUUAUGAGAAUAUGCUUUUAUGCUUUCAAUCUGGUGUGCUUGUCCCUGUGUCCCCUGCCACUCUGAAGAUGUAUACCAUGUUCCUUCAUCAGUGUUCUAUGAAAAUGGUUCCCUAGAUAAAUAUCAAUAGUCAUGAUUUCGUUUUUUCCUUCAUCAAUGACUAUUAUUUAUAUGACAAUAAAGUGAUGCUUUGUGAAUUGCAGUGAAAUGUGUUUUAAUGCAAAUAUUGCAUUCAUGGAUAGGAAGAAGUAAUAUUGUCAAGAUGUCUGUACUACCCAAAGCAAUCUACAGAUUCAAUGCAAUCUCUGUUAAAAUCCCAACAGCUUUUUUUUAGCAGAAAUGGAAAAGUCAGCCCUCAAAAUGAUAUGGAAUUCCAAGGGUGCCAGAAUAGCCAAACAAUCUUAAAACAGAAGUACAAAGCUGAAGCACUCACAUCUCCCAACUUCAAAACUUACUAUAAAGCUACAGUAAUCAAAACAGUGUGGUAUUGGCAUAAGGAUAGCCAUAUAGGCCAAUGGGAUAGAAUUGAGAGUUCAGAAAUAAAUCUAAACAUCUAUUUUUGACAAGGGUGCCAAAUUCAUUCAAAGAGGAAAAAAUAAUCUCUUCAACAAAUGGUACUAGAACAACUGGAUAUGCCCAAGUAGAGGAAUGAAGCCCCUAUCUUACACCAUACACAAAAAUCAACUUAAAAUGAAUUAAAGACUUAAAUGUGAGACCUGACACCAUAAAAUUCCUAGAAGAAAAUACAGGGGUAAAUCUUCAGGACCUUGGA